CAGGGAACCAAUGGAGAGGUCCAUGGCUUUCUCUCGCCCAUUUCCUCUACUCAGCGCAUUUCAAUGUUUUUGACGAUCGCGAGAAAUAGUUUGCCCUACAUAGAUCUAACUUCUUUCUGCGUCUUGUGGUAGUCUUUUCCUCUAUUUAUUCGUCCUCUUCGCCAUGAUGCUCGGCCGACUUUCAUCCUCGGUCAAGACUCCGACUUCAGCAAAAUCCUCCUUGUCACAUGCAUCUAAAGCAGUGCGGAGUAGCCAAAGCUUGAGAAUACCGGCCCAAAGACUUUCCUGCUCUUAUCCUUCGCAAGCCUCUCGAAGACCUUCUCCGGCGACCUUUAGCACCUCCCCAAGCUCCUACCGGACGUUCAGCACAACGAGAAACAUGGCGGCUUCUACGAGAACGGAGACGGAUGCCUUCGGACCUAUCGAGGUACCUUCAGAUAAAUACUGGGGUGCACAGACGCAGCGGUCUCUGGGGAACUUCAAGAUCAAUCAGCCACAAGACCGCAUGCCGGAGGGUGUCGUGCGAGCUUUCGGUAUCCUCAAGGGUGCAGCUGCUACGGUGAACAUGCGCUAUGGACUCGAUCCCAAGGUUGGAGAAGCCAUUCAACAAGCUGCCGCCGAGGUGGCUGCGCUCAAGCUGAUUGACCACUUCCCUCUCGUCGUUUGGCAAACCGGCUCCGGCACCCAGUCCAAUAUGAAUGCUAACGAAGUCAUCUCUAACCGUGCCAUUGAGAUCCUCGGCGGACAGAUGGGCAGCAAGAAGCCUGUCCACCCCAAUGACCAUGUCAAUAUGUCUGCCAGCUCGAACGACUCCUUCCCGACCGUCAUGCACAUCGCGGCUGUCCUCGACUUCGAACAAAGACUGAUCCCGGCUCUUACCAACCUGCGAGAUGCUCUACAAAAGAAAGUGGAGGCAUUUGACAAGAUCAUCAAGAUCGGUCGAACGCAUUUGCAGGAUGCCACUCCCUUGACUUUGGGACAGGAGUUCAGUGGUUACGUCGCCCAGCUUGAUCGAAACCUGGAACGAAUUCAGGCAUCUCUACCACACCUCCGGCAACUAGCUCAAGGUGGUACGGCCGUCGGUACUGGGCUCAACACCUUCAAGGGCUUUGCGGAAGGAAUAGCCGAAGAGGUCACCAAGAUGACUGGCACUGAGUUCAUCACUGCUCCCAACAAGUUCGAGGUUCUGGCCGCUCAUGACAGCAUCGUCGAGGCUUCUGGAACCCUCAACACUCUUGCCGUCAGUCUCUUCAAGAUUGCCAACGAUAUCAGAUACCUUGGCUCCGGCCCUCGCUGCGGUCUCGGCGAGUUGGUUCUACCCGAGAACGAACCCGGCAGCAGUAUCAUGCCCGGGAAGGUCAACCCAACCCAGUGUGAAGCUAUGACUAUGGUGGCUGCACAGGUCAUGGGUAACCACACGGCUGCCACCGUUGGAGGUCUCAGUGGUCAAUUUGAGCUGAACGUCUUCAAGCCCCUUAUGAUCCGAAACCUCCUUCACAGCUCGAGAAUUCUGUCCGAUGCCAUGAACGGAUUUGUAGAACACUUGGUGGAAGGACUACAGGCCGAUGAGAAGAGAAUUGGUACUUUGCUGCACGAAAGUCUUAUGCUUGUCACCUGUCUCAAUCCAGUCAUCGGUUACGACAUGGCUUCCAAGGUGGCCAAGAACGCUCACAAGAAGGGUUUGACACUCAAGGAGUCGGCUAUGGAAUUGAAGGCGCUCUCGUCUGAAGACUUUGACAAAUAUGUCCGACCAGAACUGAUGUUGGCCCCCAAGGAGAAGAAAUAAAUUUAAACUUUUGUACCAUAUUUGAGCUCUUUCGAGUAUCCAAAAUGGAUUUUUGAACACAUUCAAUGUACAACUGACACUUGUCUUUCUUUCUUUGCUUGACUAGGAUCAUACCGAUGCUCCGGCUGGCCUCAGAUUCAUGGCCAAGCAUUAUAUUACUCUAUAUAAGUCUGGAUAUAUCUUCCAGAGGGCUUUGAAGCAAGUAGAAGACGAUUGUACAAGUAUCCGUAUUAGUGUCUGUAACGUUAGGCGAUGCUACUUAUUCCUAUCGGAUAGAGACAACUAACCUAAAGUGGUCACCCCAGACAGGCAAGUUAUCCGGGCGUCGAUGGGGAACUUUUUGCUCGUCGCUAGAUAAAAGUAAACGGCAAAUGACUCAG